AUGAGUGAAAUUCUUGAUUUAGCGAAAUUACUAGGUCGGAUAACAAUUGUCGAUAAAGUGAACCGGAUAGCGGAUCUAGUUAAACGAGACUGCGUUUCAAUUUUACUAGAAUUCGGAAUCGAUUGGCCAGAACCGUUGAAUUGCAGUCGAUUUCCGGAAGCACCGAAUUUGUGCAUGAAACCGACCAACGACCAGAAUAGUUAUUUAGGACCAGAACAGUUUGAUACAGAUCAUCGAGAGUCAGUGACAAGUUUGGAAGGACGGAUAUUUUCUAAAACGAUGAUAUCCUGUCCGCAUGAUCUGGUUAAUCUGGAUCCGACUGAUCGUCGUGGUUUAUGUGUUUUUCAAUGUAAUCGGGAAGGGAUGUUUGAUGUUUCCAAGAAAGAAUUUGCUCGAUUUUGGAUGCUUUUAUGGGCUUCCAUUAAUCUUGGUGUUACCGCUUUCACUGUUCUUACAUUUAUAAUUGAUCGGCAACGUUUUCGUUUUCCUGAAAGGUCAAUAUUCUAUUUAUCAGCUUGUUAUAUGCUUUUUUCAUUACCUCCGUUAAGUCGAGCAGUUUUCCCAUAUGAAAGAAUUGUUUGCGAUAAAUUACCAACCGGCCAAACGUUCCUUAUCGCUGGAACAUUGGAUAAUACGUCAUGUGUUAUGUCAUUUAUACUUACCUAUUAUUUCUCCGUUGCUAGCAGUUUAUGGUGGCUUAUGCUUACUUUUACAUGGUACCUCUCAGCUGCUCGUAAAUGGGUUCCAGAAGGGAUUGAUGCAUGGAGCAGUUAUCUUCACUUGGUUGCUUGGGCAUUACCAGCUAUUUUAACUAUCGCAGUACUUACUACCCAUAAGGUGGAUGCAAACGAAUUAACAGGCCUAUGUUCAGUCGGUAAUGUUGAUCCAUGGGCUUUAUUUGGUUUUAUUAUUGUACCAAAAUUGAUUUUUGUUGUAGUUGGAAGUUGUUUGAUUGUUGCUGGUUUCUCCAGUAUGUGCCGAGAACGUGAUUCCUUUAGAAGACGAGGAACGGAUACAUCAAAACUGGAGAAGCUAAUGGUGAAAAUGGGUAUCUUCAGUGCGCUUUAUGUAAUUCCAGCAAUAACAAUAAUUAUCUGCGACAGCUACCAUAUGUUCAUACUAAUGAAAUGGCAUCCAACAACUAUUGCUUGUAAACUACAUGGUGGAAUCGAAAAAGGUCAUUGUAAAAGGCCUCCAUUACCACAGGUUGAAUUGUAUUUUUUGAAUAUAUUUAUGUCACUAGUGAUUGGCAUUUCAACAGGAAUGUGGACUGUUUCGUCGAAAACAUUUCAUUCCUGGCAACGAGCUAUCUGUUGCGGUCUAUGCUCUACAGCACCUGCAAAAUACAGUUCCGGUUGCGGAGUGACUAAUUCCGCGACGCUUGCUCCAGUAGGUGCUAAUCGACCACUCAUUCCACUAGCAAAUCCACCGCCCGCUCCACCACAGCAUCAUCAUUACAUGCCAAUGACUGUAUCCUCUUUACCACCGAGCCAUAUUACUGCGGCCCAAAAUGUUACUUCCGCUGUUGUUGCCUGGAAGCAAUCGAAAAUUAUGUAA